GCAGCCAGAUCGGACCUGUCUAGAUAUGCCUUGACUUGCACUUGCGCCAUCGGAAUCCUGCAUGCCAUCCUGCCAUCCUGCCAUCCCGCGUACAGUAGUACCGUAUCCGCGGUACCGUACAACAUGUUGUCGUUGCCUGUUUCGCCAUCCGUGGUUCAAUCGGAUCCCCGAUGACUAGAAGAACUCUCAUCAUCGACGGACUGACCUCACCGAGUCGCAGGACGACGUUCCUUCCCUGCCGGCCAUAUAACUGGCCACCUGCGCCAGGCGCGUUCACAACCCAGCGGCUGCUUAAGUGUUUCUUGGCGGAUCUGCAUUGAAGCUCGAUCCUGGACGGCGUUUCCCAGACCUGGCGACGCACAGAGCCUCGAAUAAUAUGCUCCGGGGCCUCCUUCGGUUGCCCCACGCCGGCGAUGUCCACGAAGGUCAUUUUUCUCAUGGGCGCGCCCACGUCACGGAGCCUCCAGUGGGAUGAAGAGCAGUUGCUCAGUGCACCGAUAGCCCCGUUCCACGGUCUAGAUAUCCUACCUGAAGGGGACUGGCCGUUCCCCGAUACCCAGCCGGUGAAAUGGAGGCUAUUGCAGGACCUGGGCGCCCCGACGCUGCAGCCUGAGAUCUACGAGUGGAAACCCAGUGCAGACGCUCGCUUCUUGACCACCUGGGAUCUCGCCGGGUCGAAGAUGAUCUCGGACACUUCAGCGCUGUCCCAAUUCUACGACCACUCCUUCACCGUUCAUGAAACGUCGGAGAUCUCGACCCCAGGAGUUUAUCCUGGGGACUCCAUGCAAGGUAGUGGGUUAUGGACGGACAGCGCCGGGACCUCCUUCGCGACCAGCAGCGAGAAAGACGGCCUGACCCCAGGGUUCCCCAUCCAAGGCCCUCUCACCGAUCUCCGGGAUAUUCCCACGGCCGCAUACCUGACCUCGAUUGUGCCGCAGACGAUGACGGUGAAUCUCAUUGUGGCGGUCCUAACUGUCAACGCUCCGCGCCGGGUCGUGACACGGCAGUGGAGGAGGGAAUUCGACCUGAUUGAGGUGGUGGUGGGGGAUGAUACAAGGAGCGGGUUUGGGGUUACGUUCUGGCUCCCAGUUGCGGAUCAUGAGGACAAGGACGGCGACUGCGACGGCGACGGCGACGCACUGGGCAAGACUCUAGCGAGUCUGCGCCCACGGGACAUUGUUCUGAUGCGCAUGGUAGGACUGGGCUCCUUCCGGGAACGGGUGUACGGGCAGAGUCUCAGGAAGGGGAUCACGAAGGUCGACCUACUGCACCGCCAGCGGGUCGAUGUAACGGACGCAGGCGGACUUUACAGCGCGAAGCGACUGCGAGAAAUGCAGCAGCAAAUGCAGCAGGACCCUGGCGCCAAGAGCGACGACGAUGUGCCGAUGUUGAAGGCGAGCAAGGUGCGCGAGUGGAUCAGGAGAUGGGCCCCGGAUGCGGCAGGCGGUGAGGGGGGCCGGGGAGGCCUCGCACGUGGCCCGGCUGGAAAUAGCAGCAGUGGCGGCCUCCAUCGGCUGCCCCCGGACACGCAGGAAUGACUUCCUGGAGGUCGGGGAUGUUUUAGGUGGUAGUGGUAUACGUCGGUAUAUGCAAGGUUGGAAGAUCAUCUCUCACUUGCAGUUCUGAGGGACUUCUGAAACCCGGCACCAAUCUCUUUAGUCUCUAUAUAGAAGUAUGUAUAUGCGACCAAGUACAACCAGGUAUCUCGAUGUACUCCGUAAAAUUGCAUCCGUGGAAAUGGCCAGUAUGUCUGCGGGGGC